AUGCCCGCUGCGUGCGCUCAGAGCGCUCUUCGCGCCGCCGCGCCGUCCUCGAAGCGCGUCUCCGCGCCGUCGUCGCGUCUCCGCGCCGCGCGCCGCGCGUCCGGCCCCGCGUCCGCGCGAAACCUCGCGCGCGCGCCCCGCGGCGUGAGCGACGCCGGUGACUGGGCGUGCCCGCUGAACGGAUGCUCCGUGAGUGACCUUCGCGCGAAGCGGUUGAUCACGGCCAUCAAGACGCCGUACCUCGCGAGCGGCAAGGUGGACCUGUUCGCGUACGACGCGCUCGUCGAGCAACAGAUCGCGGGCGGCGUCGAGGGACUGAUCGUCGGGGGCACCACGGGCGAGGGACAGCUGAUGUCGUGGGACGAACACAUCAUGCUGAUCGCACACACGGCGCAGCGGUACGGCGGGAAGGUGAAGGUGAUCGGAAACACCGGGAGUAACUCGACGCGAGAGGCGGUGCACGCGACGCAGCAGGGCUUCGCGGUCGGAAUGGACGCGAGCUUGCAAAUCAAUCCGUAUUACGGAAAGACGUCGCGAGCGGGUCUUUUGGAACACUUUGAGGCGGUGAUGGAUCUCGGGCCGGCGAUCGUGUACAACGUGCCGGCGAGAACGAGCCAAGAUAUCGUGCCGGACAUAAUGUUUGAGCUGGCCAAGCACGCGAACUUUGCCGGGGUGAAAGAGUGCGAAGGGAACGCGCGGAUUAAGCAAUACACCGAUAAUGGGGUGACGUGCUGGACUGGAAACGAUGACGAGUGCCAUGAUGCGCGCUACGACGCCGGGGCGGUGGGGGUGAUCAGCGUCACCUCCAACCUCGUCCCAGAGCUCAUGCGCGAGAUGUUAUUCGACGGCCCGAACCCGGAGCUUCGCGACAGGCUCCUACCGCUCAUGAAUUGGCUCUUCGCUGAACCCAACCCCACGGGCAUCAACACCGCGUGCGCCAUGCUCGGCGUCGCACAGCCCGUGUUCCGCCUUCCCUACGUUCCGUACGCCGCGGCGUUGCGCGCGCAGGGCGCCGAGCACCUCCGCGCGGUCGGCUUGGACGCCGUCGCCGGCGACGGCGCCAUUCGCGAUCUCAGCGACGCCGACUUCACCAUCCUUCGCGACUGGUGA